CGCGCCGAGGGGCUGGCCCAUGUGGGCAGCUUGUUUACAACAGACCUUCCCGAGGAGCUUUAACCCGGCCGGCAAGAAAAAGGCGAGACGCAAAGCCCGGCGCCGGGAGCAUGUGAAGCCGCGUGGCACUGGAGGCGGCUUUUUCGGCCGGGCGGCCAAGCGCGUCGGUGAGAGUCGCGGCCCUCAGGAGCAACUGCUAGACAGCGUCGUUCAGCGACUCGAGUGUGUCCAAGAUGGCGAGUGUGCUGUCCAGACGGCUGGGGAAGCGAUCCCUGCUGGGUGCCCGCAUUUCCGCUCCCCCUUUGCUAGGGGAUGGGGUUCUUGUGACAACACAAGUUUCAUCUUUGCAACCAGAGCUUAGUGAAACAUCUUCGCCCCUUGCUUCCUAUGAAGAUAGCCACUCAAAGGAUCAGGCUGAAGAGUCCACCAGUCAGAACCAACACUGGCUGGCACUGCAACCAGGACAACAGGUUUAUGUCUUCUACAAUGGGCAAGAAAAUGCUGGUCUGGUGGACCACCAUGACCCCAAAAGUAAUGAAGUGAAGGUGUUGCUCCUGGAGCAGGGGAUUCACAUCUGCAGGAAAGCCCAGGAAGUGAGGCUAGCUGAGCUCCAGAUACCGGCUCUCCCAACUUUUGAGAUGGACCAUGGAACUCCCACAACAGUGGGCUACAGCACUGUCCCUGUGGCGAUGGAACAGUGUCCGACCACAGCACCUGUUGCCACAGCAUCUGCUCCAAGACUGGUUUCUAGGAAUAUUGAUGUACCAAAAAGGAAAUCGGAUUCUGCAGUGGACAUGGAUGAGAUGAUGGCCGCAAUGGUCUUGACCAGCUUAUCCUGCAGUCCAGUUGUCCAGAGCCCCCCUAACAGCGACACCAGCAUCCCUGCAUCCCAAGCAGCGUGUGAUGUGUGGAAAGAGAGUGGCGAUAUGUCGGACGGUGGCAGCAGCACCACCAGUGGGCACUGGAGUGGUGGCAGUGGCAUCUCCACCCCUUCACCUCCCCACUCUGAGGCCAGCCCCAAGUAUGCAAGCGAGGCCUUCAGUUCCCCUCGGGCUGAUGACGGCUUUGAGACGGACUCGGAUCCUUUUGUCUUUGAGGAGCCUGCUCCGAGGAAAAGAAAGAAUUCUGUGAAGGUGAUGUACAAGUGUCUGUGGCCCAGCUGUGGCAAAGUCCUUCGCUCCAUUGUCGGGAUCAAGAGACAUGUGAAGACUCAGCACUUGGGGGAUGGGGCCAACUCUGACCAGAGGAAGAGGGAAGAAGACUUCUAUUACACUGAAAUGCAAGUGAAGGAGGAGGCACCACCUGAGCCCACAGGGACUGUUGCCAACCCCUCUUCAGACUCCACCCCCGUUAUCAUCCAGCAGGCUCCAUCCAAGCCCGAGACCCUCAUUCCAGAUCAGGCCACCCCUUUGGAGUCUCCCUUGGCCAGCAGUGCCCUCAGCCAGUCUGCUCCCAGUUCUUUUUGGCAUAUCCAGGCUGACCAUGCAUACCAGGCUUUGCCAUCCAUUCAGAUCCCUGUCUCCCCACACAUAUUCACUAGCAUCAGCUGGGCUGCUGCCACAUCCACCAUUCCAACCCUCUCGCCGGUUCGAAGCCGGUCCCUGAGUUUCAGUGAGCAGCAGCAGCAGCAGCAGCCGCCACCCAUUCUGAAAUCCCACCUGAUUGUUGCGUCUCCUCCUCGGGCACCCAGUGGCACCAGGAAAGUCCGUGGCGAAGCCAAGAAGUGCCGCAAAGUUUAUGGCAUUGAGCACCGUGACCAGUGGUGCACAGCCUGUCGGUGGAAAAAGGCCUGCCAGCGAUUUCUGGACUGAGAGCACACACAUAUACACGCACACACACUUUCAAGUGUUUGGAGAUCUCCCUCUAGCCACUGGCCAUAAACAACCGGCCACACCUCAGUGUGUGAUGCUACAUCUGGGGGCUUGGUGUCCUAGAAGCAGAUCCUAGUGCUUCAUUGGAGAUUUCAAGAGCCACGUGCUCAUUCUGAGCUCUGUACAGUCUACAUCUGCCAGGUUUUCUAUUUUUCAAUGUUUUGUGGGAAUGUUUUUUACACAUUGUCCUUUUUAAAAACACGCAUACAAUCAGUCUCCAUUUCUAUUUGUAAAUAAGAGGGGUAAAGAAAGGGGAGGAGCAGAAAACAACUGGCUUGAUAGAUAUGACAGAUUUCUUUCUUGGUGGGCCUAGGGACCAAAGAACUCUGAACUGCUUCCUGAUAGGUGGAUGAGGUUGUCUGGGUAGCAGUAAGGAGCAUUAAGUCUGUCCUUCCUGCCUCCCUGAAUUUACUUAAUGGGCACAAAAGGGAACAGAGCACGUUGGCGGAGGGGAGCAGUUGACUUGCUUCAGUCUGUUGGUCCCCCUGCCCCAGAGGAAUGAAUAGAUUGCACUCUGAAGCGUGUGUUGCUUUUGCAAAGCAGACGCAGUUGGAAAAACAAUCAGCGUUGCAUUAAAUUACAAUCAAAUUACAAUCAAACCUAGAAACACCAUAAAGUAGAAAGAAUUUGCAAAAAGAUGACUUUUCUCCACCAGUGCUGUUUGGUCACUUUGAAGGGGGAAGCAAGAACAUUUGAAAUGGCUUGAAAGGUGACUUUUGCAGUUCUUCUAUAUGCCACAGUUAUGGGGCAGAGAGGAUUUAGAUGCCUGUUCCACUCUCCUCCCCUGGGAGAAUCUGAUUGUUGCAAAGCAAAUAACUUUAGAAGACUGAUGUUUGUGGGGCUAUUUGCACCAGUGGAGGGGUGGUGAGAGCAUGGGGUCCUCUUUUUCUUGAGGUUUUGUUCCUGCACUCCUGGUUUGACCCUUUCUGGGCCAUUCUGCACAUUACAUGGCAGCAAACUGGAGGUUCCGGCUAAACGCAUGUUUGACCAGGAGCUGCCAAGAAAUCCUGACUCCCUGAUUGGUCUUCUAGAAUGAUGCACAUGUCUCCAAACAUGCACAUGAAUUAUUCACACACUGAAGUUGUGGAUUUGGGUUUUUAUAUAUAUAUAUAAGUGUAUAGAUAAAAUGUAAUGUGUGAAGCUGUCAUGCCUAGGAUAGGUCUUGCUGUUUGGCAGCUUUGUAGUUGCUCCAGUUGUAGUUGGAACAAACCAGCCGGGGUGCUGAAACGCUGAGGCAGUCUAGUGUUCCCCAUUCUCCUCCCUUCCUUGGCAGGGGCAGCCCAGUUGCACAAACCGCCCAAAUUACUGAGCACCAGCAAAGCAGCAAGCAACUCAGGUGCUACAUCCCAGAAUUCCUUGCUGUUUCUCAAAGCAUACUGGAGCACAACUCUUGCGUUAAGCAGAGAACUCAGCGGGUGACAAAGUGUCUUGGGCUGUCUCCUCUUCUUCUUGAGCUAGUCCAGUGCCAAAGCCUUUCUGGUCCUGCAUACAGGAAUCUUUCCUGCAUCUGGAUGGAGCCAAAACCAAGUUAGUAGGGUUGUCAUGUGUUUGUUAUAAAAUGUAACGGGAGUGGAAUUCUAGCAGGAGGUCCUUUGCAUAUUAGGCCACACACCCCUGAUGUAGCCAGUCUUCCAAGAGCUUACAAAAAAGAACCUUGUAAGCUCUUGGAGGAUUGGCUACAUCAGGGGUGUGUGGCCUAAUAUGCAAAGGAGCUCCUGCUUGAAUUCCACCCCUGAAUAUAACUGAUGCAGAAGCCUUGUUCCUUGACAGUGAAGGGGCCCUCAGGUUAGAGAGAACAUUUCUAGAACUUUUGAAGCCAUGGGGGGACAAAACCCUUUAUUUUAAGAAUUGGGGGGAUAUUAUUUUGGAAAAAAAUGGAAAUUUGGGGGGAAAGCGAAAUAUAUAAAAUGCUUACUAAGCUAAGCUAAAGCAUGUGAACCGGAUCAAGUACACUUUAGCUCAGAUAAUGACACUACUUUAUUUAUGAAAUUUUAAAAAAUAUAAAUACCCUGUUAUUCAAAUCAUAAUUAACAAUAUACCCAGAGUUAGAGAAGAAGCUGCAGACUGUUGCAUCCUAGGUACCAAUGCCUAUCUAAAUAUUUUGCUAUUUGAGACCACAAGAAUAAAAUAAAAAUAGAAACCAGUGACAUUGAAGUAAACAAUAAUAAGGCAUUAUCUAGACCUGAAAACGGUGCAUAGAUCAUCAAACAAGAAACAUAAAAUUCACAUGAAUGCGUGAAGCUGCCUUAUAGCAAAACAGACCAUUGAUCCAUUAAGGUUAGUUUGUCUACUCAGAGUGGCAGCAGCUCUCCAGGGUCUCGGGUGGAGAAAGAUCUUUCACAUCACCUCCUACUGGUUCUUUCAACUGGAGAUGCUAGGGAUUGCUGGGACCUUCUGGGUGCCUUGCAGAAUCUCUACCACUGACCUGUAAUCCCUCCCCUGUCAGUUUGUUUAAAUAGAAAAUAAACUUGGGGGAAAAAAAAUCUCUGUAAUAGUUAUAAACUAUAUAUCAUAGGUUGUUAUAGACCAUUCCACACACACACGAUUUCAAGCUUCAGAUAAAACCCACAACAAGAGUUUUGGGGGUUCCUUCCCCCUGAUUUUUGUCUGUUUUCUUUUUCGAUAAGGACUUCAUGAACCAUUCAUCCAGCUCAUUCUAUGUGCAGACAGGUGAGGGAUUAGACUUUCCCAUUGGGUCCACGUGUCCAUGCCCACUGAAUAUUCGUGUGUUUGGUUGUAACAUUUGCAGAUGGAUUUUAUGAGUGUAUAAACUAUCAUGUGGGAAAGGACCAAAUUGUAAAAACAGUUUACUGGAUUUUGUGUGGGUUGAAGAUACUGCAGGGGCCUAGGCACAUUGGCAUUUAUGUGCACAGGCCGCGUGCAAGUGAUCCAUCCAGCAUAUGAAUGUGCAGUAUCCCAAAGGGACAGGUAUAUUCAGUACACUGGACCUCUGUUGGAGUCUAUUGUGGAACCUAAUGCCAGGAGUUUGCGGCAAACACUCAAGUGCACACCACGCAGAUGUGAGUGUAGCACUACUCAAGCAGAGGACUUCAGUGCUGCUCUUCAACAUGGCUAUCAUCAUGACUCCCUCCCCCCACUCCCAGCACCAGUUUGCAAGAAGCCAUAGUUUCUUCUAAUGGGGAUAUGGCAUCCUUCAUCUCAAAAAGCCACAUUGCACCAUUUGCUUUUGUUCGGCCAAUGUAAAAUGGCAGCUGCAACCUGUAUAGUGCAUAGUGCCUCAGCAGAGGUGGGUGAGGGUAUGGGUGGCAGUGAGAAGAGUUUGGACUGUUUGUGGAGGAUCCCCCGCACCAGCGUUUUGAUAAUCAGGAGCCAUAAACUAAAGAUGCAAACCCAAGGCAGGUUCUGUUGCAGGAGCAAGUCUGCUAUUUUAAAGGGGAAGGACUGUUUCCCCCUCCCUGCUAAUCUCUUGUAUAAUAGCGACUGAACCAUGUGACUUGGAGAACUAUUAUUUCUUUACAAAAAUGUGAGCCCUGUUGCUUUAAGGGUACCAGGGUGGGGUUGGGUGGGGCAGUUUAAAAAGGAGUUUCUGUACAUUAUUGGUGCUUGUUGAUAUUUUUGUGCUCUUUUGUUUGUAAUUUUGUGCAUAAUAUACACAGUAUGUUGGGGAGGGGGGAGGGGUUAUUUUUCUAGCCCGGACUUCUGUUCAGUGCUAAACUGGUGGAUGCCAAAAUGACCUUGCAAAGAACAAGAGGUCAGUUGAACUGGAAUGCUAAAAUUUGAUUUCAACUGGAUUAUUUUUUCAAAUUUGGAACAUGGAAAUUUAAGAAUAUGCAGACUUCAGAUUUUAGCCAGUGCUUCUGAAUUAUUAUUUUUUAAAUCUGAAGUUGUCACUUGAUGAUGUGGAAACAUUGGAGUCUUCCUACAAAUGUGAAGUUCUGAUAACAGAACUUGGAUUUCAGUGACAAUGUUUUAAAAAUGCUGAGUUUAGUUUUUGAAAUCCCAAUAUCCCCCCAAUAAAUUUGAAUAUUGACUUUCAUAAAUUUACAUUUACAACUGGGACAAAACCUUCAUUUCAGCUCUAGCUGGCCCCUCCUGUUCCCUUCUUCCUGGCCCUACCCUCAAAUACUCAAUGAAUGUUGCUCCUUCUUUCUCUUCUAGAGUUCCUUUUUCAGUGGACUGUUGUGGAAUGCUGAAGCAGGAAGUUCUCAUUUUAGUUCUGUUUUCAGACAUGUUCUUAGAGGAAAGGUCUAUCAGUGCCACUAGCCAUGAUGACUGAAGGGAACCUCCACAUUCAGAAGCAGUAAACUCCUACAUACCAGUGUCAACAUCCAGAGAAGGCCUUGGCCUCUGUACCCUGUGGUUGACCCUUCAGGGCAACUGAUUGGCCACUGUGUGAAACAGGAUGAUGGACUGGAUGAAUCCACUGAUCAGAUCCAGCAGAGCCUUUCUUGUGUUCUAAAAUGGAUUGCAGUAGGAAUCAUCAACCAGAGGCUCCCAAAUCAAAUUGAACCCCCAGCACCAAUUAGUCUUUCCAGCAGAGAGGUGCUAGAGAGAUGCUUGGCUGCUGCGGCAAUUGAUCCUUUUGGCAGCCCACCUUUUUAAGAUGGCAGAAGGGCGUUCAUCCCCUCAGAAGCCUCUCUUGUUAGAUGAGAGGAAGGCUUACUGUUGUGCCAGUUUUCAGUGCUGACUUGUGGCUUGGUAGGAGGUUAAAAAGAUUUGGCUCUUUGUGAACAGGCAUAGCUGUGCCUUUGUUUGUCUUCAGGCCUGCUAUUGGGCACAAAUCAGUGAUACCAGCAGUCCAACACAGGCUUCUGGAGGUUCUACAUGACAACAUCUGUAUCUAAUGACCCAAAGGCUUCUUCUGUCAAUUAUUUUGGCAGUUGUUUCUAAUCCCAUAUCCCUUGCCAUUUUCUACUUUGUUUCUCCUCAAAACCCUGGCUUUGGUAGGCAGGUUUGUCAUUUCAGUGAGAGUACUGACAUCUGCCCACACCAUCAAGUCUAACCUCCCCCCCCCCUUUCACUCACACACACACAGCUCACACCACUGUGUCAAAAGUCAACAUUCAUAUUUAAGAAUGUUUCUUUUGUUUUGGAUUGAAAGGCCUCUAUAGCCAAAUAAUCUCUGAUGGUUCUCAGGUUGAAGCAACUUCCAUCUCUCUAGAAGGGAAGUUUUGGGGGGUGGGGGUGGGUUUCCAUCCCUGGUUUAAAAUAACACUGGGCAAUAAAUAAUUUUCUUUAAAAAAUUCUCCUUCAGUUAAAAGGGAAGGGAAGUUGAGAAAGCACUCUUUUUUUGUUUUGUUUGUGUCACUGGGACUUAGGAGAAGUUCCAGAUAUGGUGGAAGAUCAGUUUCCUCACUUUCAGAAGCCUGGGCCCUGCAUUUAAAAAGAUUAUCUUCUUUUGCUUGUUUUUGUUUUGAUUAAGGUGGAAUUGGGAAAGAGGGAAAUUGUAAAGGAUUCCCAAAUAAGCAGUCAAAUGUUGAAACAUGUGGUGUACGGUAUUCCCUUGCUAAGCUACGCAGACUCUUGGGUGUAAAAUGGUUCUCUUGUUCCCAGGAUACCAUAGGAGCAUGUGCUGUUGGUAGAGACCAGCUACUGCCAAAGCUCAAUAGGGGCUGUUCUCUACCUUUCAGCACAUCACCAACCUUUAUCCAAUGCCUCAUUCCAAAAUUUAUAGCACUUAAGUUUGGAGCAUGGGAAAAAAAACUUACCUUACAUAGGAGUAUAUUUGUUAUCAGUAUUUUUUAAAAAAAUGGGAUAAGGGGUUUUUUUUGUUUUCCUUUUCACUUUAUUUUUUGAGCUGUGCGGUACACAUUUGACUGGAUGAUAUGUCAGUGAUUUUUUUGUGUGUGUUGAGAAUAUGUUUUUCUUUUUUAAAAAAUCUUGCUUUUGUAGUAAUGUGAAGGUCAGGAAGAGGAAGGGGAUAUCUGUGUGAAAAUGGGUGGGGGAUUGUUCUAGGAGACUCUUCUUUCCUCACUUGCAGUUUUUACAUCUGCGCUGAAUAGGUGCAAAUCUUGUCCCCCCCCCCUUUUUUUUUUUGAACUGGAGAUGCUGGGGAUUGAACCUGUGAUGGGCAAAACACUGAGCCAUGGCCCCUCCUGUGACUGCACACCCCUCCCCCCUUCUGUUCAGUCCUGUCCUAGCAGAAGCCAGAGCAGAUCCAAUUUUGCCAUGGCUUUGGUAAAAGCUGUUAUGGGAGGUCUGUAUUUAGAUACCAAUUCUGAGCUCAAAGACAGAGUCACCUUUAAUAUCGAUGAUCCAGCUGAUGGAGGAAGAACUACUCUGAGCUCCCUGGUGGGAUAAAAACCACCCCAAACAAAUAUUCCAGUGUUUCCUUUGUAGAAAAGAAUUUGAACCCCCACCCAAAGUCUCACACCCCCCCAUGCACAUCUUCAGUUGUUCCAGAAAUUUUACAUCUUUUGUCUUGAAAAAGAGGGGGGGGAGAGUUAUGAGUAUUUUGGGUAGUUUCGCUGCCCCCAUUUCUUAGGUCAGGUUUCCUCUUCAAAUGUGGUUGCUUUCUCUGUCCCUUUGUCCUUCAUAGAAAUGAAGACUUUUUGUAGUUAGAAGAACUGCCCUCCCCCAAGCCAAACAUUCCUUUGCCCAGCUCAACGUAUUGAAUAGGAGCAGCUGACCUGCACUGCUAGUAGUCCUAACUGAACCCUUUUCUUGCCAUAUUUCAAGGACGCAGGUGCAUGUCUACUUUUGGAGGAUUUAAAGAAAAGAAAACAUACCAUGGCUCUCCUUUCCUUGGCACACCUUGCCAUUUCACAUCCUGGUUUCAAGGUCUAGUGACUGUGCAUCUGUUUUGAAGAUCCAAGACAUUUUCUGCAAACCUGCCCCCCCCCCCACACCCUGCACACAAACACUUUGGGCUGGUUUUCUUUUCAGAAGGGAUGGCAGAGAGAUUUUAAGCAUUUGUAUAUAGCAUAAGAAUCUUUUUCAGUAGCACUAACUGGAGGCUACUUUCUGUUCUUCCUAUGUACUGUGAAACCCUGUUUUUGACCCCAGAUGCUAGAGCGAAAAAGACAAAUACUGUGGAGAAACUUAGCACCUUUGAUAUACACCAGUCUAUGGGUAGUUGGACUGGAAGCCAUUAGACAAAGCAUAGCCCAGUCUGUAACUCAGUUACAAGGCCUGCUUCAAAUUUAAUGGCCAAAUCCCUUUGAAUGGCAGAAUAGUUGCACAAUGGGAUGUGUGCACAUGGCUAUGCUGAAUGUGUAUACAUGCAUGCAUAUGCAUGCACACAAUAUUUGCCCACUUGGGCUCUGGGAUUGACAUUGAUCUCUACCCAAAGACACCUAUAUGCAGCUGCAAGCCGUUACACCCUCCAUCUCUGGUGCAGGAAGCUGUAUAUUCAACAGAAAAGGGAGCCAAGCAAAAACUAGCCAUUUCGCCUUCAAAAGCAAGGGGAGUGACCCAAGUCACUCCAUGUUACUCCCAACCAUUAUGUAAUAUUCCCACAGGGAGAUUUGCAUUUGGGCAGCUUGGAGGAUAAAGCUGCUAGUCCAGUUUAACUUCACAUCUCCAUAAAUCCAAAUUACACAGGUUAACCUAUUUUGUGGGUUUGGUAGUUAGGGAAUAUAGUGAGAAACAACUUGCCCUUUCAGUUCAGAGACAUUUUAAAUGGGGAAAAGGAUGGGAUGCUUUAAUGUGCAAACAGCCACUGUUUUGGAUGCUGAUCCGCUAUCAAGCCUAGCGGGGGAAUAUAUCGUAUUGGUGAAUUACUGUCUAAUUGGAGCUUUGCUUUUCAAUUGUCUUCCAAGUAUUAUUUUUUAUUGUAAACAAAAAAAAAUGUGAAAUGUAAUUUUUACAACAGCAAUAUGAAAUAUAUUUUAUAAUAAAAUGAUAUGCCCUAA